AUGAAACCGGCCGACAGGAACGGAUUUUAUGGGUCGCUAGGCGCGGCCUCGCCGGGAACUAGUAGUACAAAUCUUGUUGUAGAACAGGGGGGCACAGACGGGCCUAUAGCUAGCUCGAGCCCUGUAUCUGCGGGGCCCACAAAUCUCGUUGAAGAAACCGCUGCAAAGGAGCCGCAAGCGGACUCUCCUGGCCCGGGGUCUACUGGCUUUCCAGAGCCAAGGACAACGGGCUCUUCAGAGCCAACGACAUUUGCCUCUUCGAGCCUUUUGCCUGCUGGCCAGAAUGACGGGGAGAAUGGGGACAACACGCAAGUAGUCUCUCACUUAUUGGAGGCGACACCCCCCAGCGACGCUGAAGCAACGGAGGCCACUCCGCUCAUCCUCGGCACAGAUCUCGAAAACUGGGCCGGCGGCUCGGCGCAAGCAAACAGCUUUCGGCAUUCCGCACGCCGCUUUUUGCAUAGCACUCGCCUAUGGAAGAGCAUAGCCUAUAUCCUGGCGUUGGCGGUGCUCAUGCUCGUUCUCGCGUUGCUGGUGGAUUUCCAGAAAUUGGCCAACGACGCGUUUUCGCUGCAGUUGCAGAACGUAUCCGUGCUCGGCAUCCAUGAUGACGGCGUUGCUUUGCACGUCACCGGAACUGUUGAAACCAACUACGCCCGUAUUGGGAACCCGCUCCUCCGACAUGCCACGCGAUUGGCGGCGCUUGUUGUGGGUGGAGUUGUCGUUGCCCCAAGGGACGAGUGCCGCGUGUAUGUCACCACCGACAACGUAGCCAGGGCACACUUGUUGGACAUGUACCCCCCGGAAAUGCCAGUCGACUUGAUCGACCAUCGGGUCAGCGAGGUGGAUUUCAUCACCGAUGCGGUGUUUGUGGAUGGUGGCGCUGCCCUUGUUUUUGAGUCCAUUCUCAGCCACAGCAUCUCAACCCCACUCAUCUUGAAUGUCGAGGUGCGCCUGGCGCCCAAAAUCCAGGCGGGGUGGUUCAGUGCCCAGUUGGGCGCCGCAAGUCUUUUCCAACAGAUCGAAAUUUCCUCACACAAGCUCAAAUUCCCGCUCGAAGUCCACAGCCUUGCGGUGAGCGAGCACAACGGCCUCACGAACAUCAGGUUUGCGUCAUCUUUGCCCGCUAUGCCUAUGAGUUUGGGUCUCGGGCAAAUUGACUGGCAGCUCGCCAUUGCCGAUUGUGACUCCAGUGCAGUGGCAGUUGGGGAAUGGCGCACAUCCAUCUUGAGCUUCGACCCGACCUCGCCCACCAAUGUCACAGUCUUUGGAACGCUCGAUUCGAUUCCUCUUUCCUUGUUGGAGACCUGUUCUGAUGGAUUGACUCCUGUGAAUCGGUUCAUCCACCUGAUCACGAACGAGAAGACUGUCAAAGGGGUUUUGAGCGCGAAGCACUCGGUCCAGAACUCGAAAUCGCUACCGAAAUGGCUAUACAGCGCUUUGACCAGGAUGUCUGUCAAUGCAUCGAUCCCCACUCCCCACAUGAAAGAGGCUCCGGGAAACAUUCCCACUUAUGAGUACACACUUUAUUCCAGCAAUGUGGUGGCGGAGACUCUGGAAGACAAGCGCCUUCACGUGCGAGUCGAUGCGAAAGCAGAUGUUGGCGUGAAAUCGUCAUCGAAGCAAUUCAGCCUCAAUUUUUCCGCAACUCACAUGAAAUCAAAAUUGUUCUUGUCGCAACUUGGGAAGAUCUUUCUCGAGGCACUGGUUUCCGAAUCGGCCGAGGCCCACUGCUCUUCUCUACAAUUGAUACAAAACGCGAUUGCGCUUGACUGCAGAAAUGUAUCAGUAUGGUUGACUGAGCCGAGACUUGCAGGCCGUUUCGUCAAGUCAAUGUUGAUCGAACAGGAGCUUGCACUUCCCCAAUGGGCUGUAGAUUUGGAUGAAUUGAAGAUUCAGCUGCGUUUGCUUUCAACUGUCCUCAAAGAUUUACGCCUCCAAAGUGAGUACGAUUCGCCAAGAAAGAUUGUCAAUUCCAGGCAACAUAACUCUUCUUUUUUGGAAUGGCUUAUGAAAAACAUCCAGCUUCAGACAUAUCAAAUCUUCUGUGUGUCUUCCAGCCCUGAGCACGCCGAGUUUUUGAUUGACUUCCAGAUCUCAAAUCCUUUGAAUGCUUCAGUGGCGGUGAUAAACGAUAUUUUAAAAUUCGACUUGAAAUAUAACAAAACAACGGUGGCAGUUGUUCUGCUCGAAAAUUUUCUGAUCCCCAACUCUGGGAAAAGGGCACUACUCUCUGCUAGCAUGACAGUCUUUUAUUCAUCUAGCACACAACGUGUCGUGUUGGAGGACUUCAUUAGUCAUGUAAUCUCUGGGUCUGAUAAAACUCGCUUUGGAAUAGCAGGAACUCAGGAUAGCUCAAAGAAAGAAACUGAUUUGUCGCGGUUCCUACAAGAAAUCGAAGUCGAAGAGAUUCUUCUCCCUGAGCUAAAUUUCACACAUCAGCCGCUGACAGGGCUGUUGCAGAUGAUCGGACCGCACCAUGGAAUGGCAGGGGAUUUCGAAGUCAGAGAGGAUACACCAAAAGCUAGGAAAAGCCCGUUUUUGAUUGACGCAACUUUUCACUUGUGGACUUCAGAAAUGGAGCUCACUGUGUUCAAUCCAAUAUCCAACGUGGAACUAAAAGUGCGGAUACUUGAUUGUUUGGCAUCUUACAAAGGCGAGAUAUUGGCUCACGUAGAAUGGUCAGAGCUUUUGAUGAUUCCACCCGGAAUUCAUGCAACAUCUCGUAUUCCAAUCAAGAUCGCCAACGGCAUUGGGGCAGAUACUUUGAGAAAAGCGCUCAAUGGGGAUUUAGCUAUGGAUGUGGUGGCUGAGCUUAGUGUAUCUGUGGACAAGUUUCCCACUGAACUCAUGUACCGUGGGGCUGGCCUCACCGCAAAAGUAAGAAUUUGA